AUGUCUCAGCCUGGUAUUGAAGGUCUGGCCGUCGGUCUCAAUAAGGGUCACAAAGUGACCAAGAUACAGCGCAAACAGCGGCAAAGCCGUCGCAUUGGUGCUUGUAGCAAAAAGUCGAGGAUGGUCCGCGAGCUGGUCCGUGAGAUCACUGGGUUUGCUCCCUAUGAAAGACGCGUUUUGGAGUUGCUUCGCAUAUCCAAGGAUAAGAGGGCUCUCAAAUUCCUGAAGAAGCGUGUAGGCACCCACUUACGUGCUAAGAAGAAGCGUGAGGACCUUCAAGGUGUCAUUGUGGCUCAGCGCAAGCACCACAAGUAG